GUCGCAUUGACCGUGAAGCGUGUUCCGCCCUUUACGAGAAAGUUACAUUUUUCCUUUCGAUUCAUGUCGGUGCUCGAAUUGUACUCAACGGGCUUGGGCAAUGUUAGAUUCGAAUAAUAAGCUGCAACAACUCCCCCAGGAAAGUUGGGUGUGUGAGGCACAUGAAUGAGGGGAGAGUUUGGGAAGCUGUCGGCACCACCCACAUUCCUUCACCCUAUAAUUAUUUUAUAACACUAUACUACGUACUAUUCCCCCACAGUUUCAAACCAACCAAAUUUUUCCAAUUUCUGAGAAAAAAAAUACGAAUUCAAAGUAGAGAAAGAGAAGAGAAGAAGAAGAAGAAGAAGCCAAUUGUAUUGGUACGAUUCCAAGUGCCAGUCUCAGUCGGGGGGCUUCUUCGUCGUAUAUUAAUAGUAAUAUCGACAUCACCCUCGAACCGCUGACCUUCCUGCCUUAACGAGCCAGAAGACGAUUAUAAUAAGUAAUGACAAAUAUAUUAUAAUUAAUAAUCAAACCCCAUGAAAUGAAAGGAAAGAAAGAAAUUGGAAAGUCAAAUGAUCCAAUUAAAGGCAACUAUAUAUGAGCGAAGAAGAUAAAAAGAAAUGUGGAAAGUCAAAAGGGCUCCAUCUCCAUAGCUUGAAGGGAAGAAAAGUAUUAUUAUUUCAGAAAUAAAAAAGAAAAGUAUUAUUAUUAUUUAUUAGGUUAUAAUUAAUGGUAUAGUGCCCAAUCCCUUGCAUGGCGGAGCAGUGCUAAUUGCUAGGCUGCUCUUAUCUUAUUCCCCCAAGUGAAACGCUCCCCUCCCCAUUUCUUUAUUAAUUCUCAUUUAUUGCCUUUUCUCUACUUUGGAAAGAGUAUUAUUCCAUUUUAUUAAUUGAUAAUUAUAUGUAUAUGUCAUUAAGGGACACCUUGGGACAUGGUAACGGUCUUCAUCUUUGAUUUCUUUUCCACAUACACCUAUACAAUAGUGAUUGUAAUUACAACUGUUAAUUACUAUAAUAAUAAUAAUAAUAAUAAUUAUGAAUGUAAAAAGUAACGGAAGCUAUUGAGUUUUGAAAGUAACAGAAGCUAUUGUUUUAUAAAGGCUAUCUAACUCUAUAAUCCAUGUUAUUAUAGGUCCACGAUCUUUGGAGCAAUAUUAGAUUAUAGGAUGAAUUUGUACUUCUAUAGUAGUACAUAUAGUUGAGCCUCUAUAUAUAUAUAUAUAUAUAUAUAUAUAUAUAUAUAUAUAUAUAUAAUUCUAAUAAGUCGAGAAAAAGAACGAAAAUAAGCAUUACAAUCUUAUUAAUAUUAUAACAAAAGCAUAACCUCAUUCUCUAUUAUCAUAGUCCAUAAUUAAUUUUGUCAAGAACCAGUUGGUCCCAAUAACUCAAGUUAUCGACACAGGUUCAAUCGUGGAUCAUAUACCACAACACUAACAAAUUUGAUUAUUAUAUUAUUCAAUUCAUUCGCAGACUAUAGCUUAUCUUUUCUGUCCAUAUUUCCCGUGUGUUGACUUCCAAUAUAUUAUGAUCCCGGCCAGCCACCUUCACCUCCCUUCUCCUUCUCCAACGUAUAUACAUAUAAAGAAAACUCCAACCCGAAUAUCAGAAACUCCAGCGGACCCCAGCUACCAUUUCAUUUUCCCAGCAACCAAACAGCUAAUAGAAAUAGCUCCUUCCAAUAUUCAUUCAUUCGUCCAUCGCAUUCCCUUCAGCAAACUGCAAAAGUAACAUGGAAUCCCCGCCGUCCGACGACGCCGUCCCCUGCCAUUUCCUCUGCCCGAUCUCCCUCCAGCUCAUGACCGACCCCGUCACCGUCGCCACCGGCAUCACCUACGACCGCCGCCACAUCCACCACUGGCUCUUCUCCCGCAACCGCGACACCUGCCCCGUCACCAACCAGACCCUCGCCGUCAAGGACCUCACUCCCAACCUCACCCUCCGCCGCCUCAUCCACUCCUGGUCCACCACCACCAAUUACCAUAACAUUGCCCCAAUCCACUACACCAAAUCCCACAUUUCUCAACUCCUCGCCGCCGCCGCUGCCGAAUCCACCUCCCCCACGCCGCAGCUCAUCGACUCCCUCUCCCGGCUCCGCUCCGUGGCAGCCGAAAGCGAGCCGACCCGGAUCCAACUCCGAGCCGGAUCCACAGCCGGCUUCCUCGCUUCCGUCGUGAUUGCCAACAGUUUCCUAGAGCUCGGUGUAGAGGCAGAUCAUCAUAUGAGCAGCAGCAGAGCGGUGGACGAGUCGCUCGCGAUUCUCCACCACAUCGGCCUCGCCGAUUCCGACCUCAAGAAACUCGGCACCGAGUUCGUCGACUCGCUGGUCCGAGUCAUGGAGAAUUAUUAUUCGAAUUCGAAUUCGAAACGGGACCACCACCAAUCGCGCGCCUACGCGACGAUCCUCCUCAGAUCCGCUUUCCGCGCGGCCGACCCGAUCCAGUUGGUCAACGCGAGAUCCGAAAUUUUCGCCGCGGUGGUCGGCGUUUUAAGAGACCGGAUCUCGGAGAGCGCGACGAAGGCGGCGUUGAAGUUUUUAAUCGAGGUUUCCCCCUGGGGGAGGAACCGGAUCAAGGCGGUGGAGGGCGGGGCGGUGGCGGCGCUGAUCGAGCUCCUGCUGGAAUCGGAUCACUCCUCGUCGGCGGCGCGGAGGGCGACGGAGCUGGCGAUGAGGGGCGUGGAGGUGAUGUGCGGGUGCGCGGAGGGGAGGGCCGAGGUGGUGGGCCACGCGGCGGGGCUGGCGGUGGUGUCGAAGAAGAUGCUGCGUGUGUCGCACGCGGCGACGGACGGCGCGGUGAGGAUCGUGGCGGCGGUGAGCAGGUACUCGGCGACGAAGGGAGUAGUGGCGGAGAUGGCCGAGGUCGGGGUGGUGGCGAAGCUGUGUCUGUUGCUGCAGGUGGAUGUGAGCUGGAAGAGUAAAGAGAAGGCGAGGGAGGUUCUGAGGGCGCAUUCGAGAGCGUGGCGGAACUCACCCUGCAUCCCGCCGCACCUGAUUUCUUCCUUUCCUUGAUUAAAUCCAUAAAUUAGUAAAUUAACUUCUAAUUAUCACUAAUUUGUCCCCAUUUUUUCACUGUUUUAUUGAUUCUUCACAUCCAAUUUUUGCGACGGUUGUGUAUAUUAUGACAAGCCGGAAAUGGUGACCAUAGAGAAGUUACGUUUAUUAACCGAAAGAUAUAGUUUCUAAUGGAGAGAAUUGAAAUAUACGGUUUAUCGUUACUAUAUCAACGUUACGAUUAUUACUAUCUAAAAAUGAAAUUGGGUUAUAAGGCUUUUGCCAGUCAUUAAAAUUUGAACACUCAAUCACUGAGUUCUCUAUUGUCGAGUUACCGUUGGACUACAAAUUCAUUAUUAUUAUUAUUCGUAUAUGUUCGAUCGAAGUUUUAGAUUAUAUGAGCACGGGGGAGAGCGAAGGAACGAAAUUGCUCGCGACCGAAAGAAGAGGUGGAGAAUACAUUGAGUCCGAAUAGCGAAGGGAGAAGAGUGAAGGAACGACCUUGUGUUGUGUUACGUAGACUUUGAAUAUUUAUAUCCAGAGAAAGAGUUGCCAGGAAAGCCUUAAAAGCAUUAAUCUCGAUCCAUUUCUAUUAUUUUGUGGUAUAGUUCCAAGUGUAUCAUAUAUCACAACACUAACACGCCCCCUCAAACGAAAGCCACUCACGAGGCUUGAAGUUUGCACAGGUCUAAGGACAAUAAUACUAUGUGCUUAACAAAUGGGGGUCACCGGGAAUCGAACACAAGACCUCUCGGUCACAGAAGGCUCUGAUACCAUGUCAAGAACCAAUUGAUCCCAAUAGCUCGAGUUGUUGGAAGAAGUUCAAUCGUGUAUCAUAUACCACAACACUAACCCUUAUUAACCCUUAUUAGCUUUACUUGCAUAUCUCAGACCAUUCAAAAAUUUGGUCAACACCAUUCGAUAACGUUAUUGUUGUCCCUUACAUGUGUUGUUUCAUUGGAUUCGUUUUAGGAAACGAGGUGAAAUUUGAGAGAACUUCUCCAAAAGUUGUGUAGCCAUCUUUUCUGCAGAUGAAAGGGAGUUUUUAACUUGGAGCCUCUUGUCGUCUUUGGGUUUCCAAGAACUCGCAAUCCUUAUCGAUUAGGGUUUUCCCAAUUUUGUACCGUUCUCUGGUUUUAAGUGGGAGAAGUAUAUUAUGUAUUAUCAUCGACCGACAACUGGAGAGUGGCAAUUACAAAUGAUAUACAAGGACAAAAUCAUCGACAAAACCCUAGACCAACCUAGUAAGAAAAAAAAAAGCAGGAAGUCAACAAGACUUCCUCUAAUAGUUGUUAGUAGGGUUGCGAGUAAACUAAUCCUCUAUAAGAAUAUAGUUAAAUUCAGAUA